CCCCCCCUGAUUAUUUUAGUGGGACCAGAGUGAGACCUGGACCAGAAGGACCUGUCCGAGCCUGAGAGCACAACCAGAAGCGCCCUGAGCUGAGAAUUCACGCCCCGCCAGCAGAGCAGAGACCGUGUUCCCACCUUCUGCCAGAUUCCUUGGUGAGAAACAGCACCACCCCUGGCUCCACCUUCCUCUGCAGCCACCGACUGUUGACCGGCCUGCUGUCUCAGACUUUGCCCUUCCCACCUCUGACACACCCCCCCUCUCCGUUGGCAGGAUGGAACGAUCCGUGCAGGAGCUCUUCCUCAACUUCAUGAUCGUCCUGAUCACUGUGUUGCUGAUGUGGCUGCUGGUCAGAUCCUACCAAAAUUCGUAGGAGUGAAGAUGGUGUGAAGCAUGGAGUGGGGUGCAGGUACCGACCAUGAGAAGAGGUCAUGCAGGGUACCGCUCCCCCAACAGUAAACGGAACCCCAUCUCGAAUCUGACACCUAAAUUUAUUGUGUAUCACUGUGACCAUUUUCCCUCAAGCCUUUAAAUGCAUCAACACUUAAACUUCUUUAACUUUAAGAAAGUUAAACAAAUGCAUUCUAGCCAAUAAUAUUUCUGUGCUUGUUUUAGUAUGUUUUUGUGUGUUUUUAGAUCAUAUUUGAGACGACAUUCAGUUUAUCUGCCUGUUUCGGUUUAUUUUCUUGUACAGAAACUGUUAAUUGAAUAAAAAAGGCUGACUGUAAUUAAUUCAUGUGCAUCAAGAUGCCACACUAAUUAUUCAUGUUAAUCGAAAGGCCUAUCAGUGUUAGAAAAAGGUCUGUUUACAAUUAGUGCAAUAAAAAACAAUGAGGUCA